UAGAUAAGCGAUAAUAGAAUCCUAUAUAAGCAGUUCAAAACGACUUGAAGGUAUCAGUCUAACGAGAACUCUCCAAGAUGUACAAGUCUGCCUGUCUGUUGGUCAUUGUCCUCUUCGGCGUGGUCUACGCCGUUCCCUCACAAUAUGAUGCGGAGCAAACUUGGGUGGCUGGAAAUUUGUCGUAUCCACUUCCCAGUAAUGCCCUUGUUGGCGGACUUGAUCCCUAUGGAUACAAACUCUACGUGGGUCGAGUGAACUUCUCCGGAUCAGUUGUACCCGUUCGUGUGGUGGCGGAAACAGGAAUUGCCAGUGGCAGCACCGACAUUGUACCCUUCACAACAAGAACUUACCAGCUCCUGACUACCAGUGAUAACAUGGACUACGAAUGGACUCGCAGCUACGAUGGAAUUCUCGAGGAGAAUGCGGUUUCAGUGGGAACUUCCGGCUGGAACGAAAGGGUUUUCAUCUGCCGCGCUAGGACCGAUGGAGGUGUAAUCAUCGGAACAUUGUUGCUAACAAGAAAGGCAUGCCUCCUUCAAGCUCUGUCAUACGAGUAUAUUCACUCAUUCGACAAGUAUGAGGUGUUGAUUGCUCAACCCAAAAAUAAUGGAACCUUUUAUUAAAAAGACUUAUGUAUUUAAUGAAUCGUAGAAAUACAUGUCAAUAAUUAGUCCAAGGAA